AUGUUUAAAAGAACACAAUUUUUCCUUAAACAUGACAUAAAUGAAGUGAACAGAUUCAUUGAAGAACAAGAUAAUGCAUUUGGUUAUGGGUUUACUACAAUAUUAUCCGAUAGUCAAUCACCUACACCAUGUCAUGGAUGUCUUGAAUUAAUGGAUUCACGUUCGACAUGUAUAUAUAUCAAACGAGCCGAUUGUAAUAGUAUUUGGCAUCCACAAUGUUUUAUAUGUACAAAAUGUAAACAAUUUCUUGUUAAUUUAAUAUAUUUUUAUAAAAAUGGUCAACUUUAUUGUGAACAACAUCAUGCUAAAUUAUAUAAACGACGAUAUACAGGAGGCGAUCUAAUUAUAUUUAUUUUUACAUGUAAUGAAUAUAAAGAUCGUGGUUCGGAUAUGUAUCGAUUUUGUUGUUCAUUUUGUAAACAAUAUUUAGCUGGUGAACGUUAUAUUGAGCGACGAGGCCAAUUAUUUUGUUUAGAUUGUUUCGAAACAACGUAUGCAGAAUAUUGUGAUAUAUGUUGUGAACCCAUUGGGCCCUCUCAAGCUCGAAUAACUUAUGAAUCACAUCAGUGGCAUGCAACAGAAACAUGUUUUUAUUGUUAUGUCUGUCUUAUUCCUUUAAAUAAUAGUGAUUUUUUACAAGAUUAUGGUAUAUUAUUUUGUUCAAAUGAAUGUGCAUCACAAAUAAGUAAUCAUUCAAUAAGUACAAAAUUGAUUCAACAAAAUAACCUUCAUUCAAAUGGAAUGUUGUCUUUAAUAUCAUGUACAAAAUCAAUAAUAACAUCACAAUUUCCACGUUCAAGUUCAUUAAAUGGUUCAUCAAGAUUUACAAAACAAUAUCGUGUACAUUUUGUUGGUAAUGAAAAAGAAAAAAACUCAAAAUAUUCACCAACAAUGAGUUAUAAAUCAAAAUUCUUAUGUCGAUCAUUAUCAUCGUCAUCAUCAACUAUUCAUGAUGAUAAUCAAGAAGAUAUUAAUUCAAUAUUUGAUCAAUUUGAUAUGUGUGGAAUUCAUUUACGAAAAUCAAUAAAUUGUAGAACAGAAAUAAGUUAUGUUGAUGAAACAAGUACAAUAAAUACAAAAUUAAUGAAAAAAACAACAACAUUAAAUAAAAAACAGAAAAACUCUAAUGAAAAACGAGGAAAAACAAAUUACAUUGUUAGUUCAUUUUUUUUCUGUAUAUAUUCUAAAUCUCUUCAUUAA